AUGCCUGCACAAAGACACAGCACCUCCGCACAGAACACACGACGCGACUCAAAAACGUACAGGCAGUUCCACAGUGGGACACCGGGGGGCAGGGCCGGGCGCAGUGGGGGCUGGCUGGGGGUUGAGACGACUGGACUCCACCCCACUGCGCCCGUGCUGAAGUCCCCGGGACGUCCCACAACACAAAACAAGCUCGCCCCAUGUGGCAUCGCAGCGUACUGUAUUGGGCACUGGGCAAAACCGCGCCGCCUUCACAGCACUUCAUAG